AUGCUGGACUGGAUGAAGGGAACUGAGCCAGAGGCUGCAGACACCUCGAAGGUCCUAGAGCCCCCCGAAACACCAGCUCCCGUGUUCGCGAUCCGCGCCUUCAAGAGCGCUUUGUUUGGUACUCCAGGCGCAGAGGACGAGAAGACCCCUCAUCCAGCGCAGCCAAAGCAGACAGUGCAAGGUCAUCAGCGCAGUAAAAGCGACACCACUAAGCCCGUACCUAUCCCCGUCCCCAAGAUAUUGGAGCCAAACAAAACCGACCUCGACGCGAUUGCCAACCCCUCCGGCUCCCCAACAAAGAGCAUCCUCGUCACUCCAGGCACAAUCUCGAACCGACGCAAAACCGUAUCCUUUGGUGAAAGUGUGGUGGACAAUGAAGGGAAACGUGACAGCCACUCGACUAAGGUCGUCAAGACGCCCCCGAAUCCGUCGGGCAAUCUGAGCAUUCAGUGGAUGUCCGGGUCGGCAGACGGCAAGCCGCGUAGCAAAUUAACUCAAACGUUAUUGGAUGCUCGCGAUAAUGCGACAAAAAAUGCGGACUCGAGCAAGUCCACUGAUGCUUCAAAUGCCGAUAUCGCCACGCGCUCCCAGUCCAAAGAUGAAAGCGAUGCAGAGGAUAUCACUCUCAACCUGGAUGAACCCCGGUCGGAAUCGGGCAAAUACUGGAAGACCGAAUUCGACAACUAUCGCGUACGCACCAAUCGCGAAAUCAAGAAAUUAAUUCACUAUCGAACCAUCGCGAAGUCCUACGCCCGAAAGAAGGACUCGGAGGCUGUUCGACUGGCCGAUAAGCUAAAGGAGGAGGAGGAAAAGGUCUCGGAGAUGGAACGUCAAGUAACCCGUCUGGCUUCUUCGAUCACAGGACAGGGCUCCCAGGCCGAUAAUGAGCAAUUGAUCCAGGAUCUGACAAAACAAACCACCCUAGCCUUACAAUACAAGCAGCAGGUCACUUCUCUACGCACCCUCCUGGAAAAACAAGGAGUUUUGAAAGAUGGCGUGGUGCAGGUCAGUGAGCCAGCAAAGGGAAAGGAGUCGGUCACAUCAUCGGAUGAGCUCCGGGAAACACAGCUGCAGCUUAAGCAAGCAAAUGCCAAAAUUGAGGAGAUGAGGCAGCAAAACCCAGACCUGAGCGCGCUUGAAACACUCGCGCAAAGCUCGGAGAAGAAGGCGCAAGAACUCGAACGGGAGAAUAAGAGCCUCAAACAGACCCUCGCUCGCGUCAAGCAAGAAAUGUCGCGAUACGAAGGCCGACGCAAGGAGAAAGAGAACAAGUUAAAGCAAAGAGAAGCCAAGCUGGAGGCACGCAUCCAGGAGUAUCGCGACCGCUUGAAAACCACCACUCAGGAGCACCGACAGUCCGAGGACGCAUUACGAAAGAGCUUUGAUGACGAACGCCGCCGCAUGCAGACCCAGAUUGACCAGCUCAGGAUAAGGGUCUCUGCUGUAGAACGUGCACCUACUCUCCGGUCUCAUUACCGGCGCUCUAUGAGCCCACGAAAAGAGUAUACAGGCGUGCAGGCAUACGACUUUGCAGGCCAAAGCCAAAUCCCCGAUCACCCUGAGGUAGAAGAAGAGGCCACCGAAGAUAUCGAAGCACCACCCAGUCCCAGUCCGCGUUCCAAGUCCCGCGAAGCGCGACAGUCACGCAAUUCCACCGGCGCUCUCGAGCUCAAACGCACAUCUCGAGAUAUGCGAGAUACCGCUGAUGAUGACGCGGUCACCCAUUACCUCAACGAGAUUCUACCCCGGCCCAAUCUCCGUUCCCGCCAUACAGAGCCUGAGAUCAACUUUCCUUCCUCGCCCCCUGAUAUCAGCACUCUAAAAUCACUCAGCCGCGGUUACUCUAAGUACAAAACUGGUGAAAACCAGCGCUCAUACCGUUCUCUCUACCGUGACCCUCGCGAUCCCGACACCACAAAUUCAAACACACAAGCGUAUACCAACUCACAUCGCCCACGGACACAUAUCAGAUCUACUUUGGAUACGAUCUCGGGCCCGACUACCUCACGGGCGGGUCUUUAUGCUGGAAAUACCAUCUCCAGUGGAGAGCGACUUGGAAGAGGGCACGUAUUGGCUGGUAUGACCACCAAAGACCUACCCUCUGAGCGAGUUUAUGCGGCGAAGUCGCGGCUGAGCCAGAAAAGUGAAAGAGCGAGAGCUUUGGGGAAGGAAAAUCUCUGA